AUGGUCCAGUGUACCCCGGUCGCUACACACCUUCAUAAAUCAUCCACAACUAUCACAACCUGCACGACAUCAGCAGAGAUAAAAACCGUUAGUUCGUGUGGUGAUAUCACAGAGACUGCAGCAGCUAGCACAACCACUGUCACCGCUGCUUGCAGACAAGCAACCGGUUGGGCCAACGUGGUGGAUGGAGAUGACUUUCCCAUUUACCAGACCCUUGGACAGGCUUCCCCUGGUAGCAUUAGAGCAUCGGGCCCUGCGUCCGCUACCAACAGAUCCUUAGCACCAUCGCGGCUAGGCACGAGUUCUACCGUACUUCAAGGAUCUGCAGUGGCCUCUUCUGCACGUCUGGUACCUGUGCCUAGUUCUAUGCACCAGGGACCUGGAAACGGCUCGUCUGUACCCCGGGGAGCUUCCCUGGGAACUAGGGCUAGUCAUUCAGGACCUUUGAUCACGGGUCCUAGCUCGGAAAACCCUUUGCGUACACCACUCACAGUCAGUGUGUCCGCAACCACCCCCAGUUGCAUGGCAGAUGGGGCUCCCUGGUUCAGUCCGAGCAGCUGGUGCUACUGUGGACCGAGCUCAACCUACCCAACGUUGCUGGCAACUUCUAAUGCUACAACUGCAAAUUGCGCAUACACAUCACUGCCGGCAUCAACCAUCCAGCCAGUGACUAUAAGCGCGCCGCCAAUGAACAUCCCAGGUAAAUAUGGGGUACCAGGUUGUGCGGCAGUAGCUUCCAGUGAUGGAAAGUCCGCCUACUGCAACUGUGGUGGCACGCCCGCUCCCACCCUCAGUCCCACAGCGGACGGGCUCUUGAACUGUGCUUACACCGUCCAACCUACCAGCUCCUACAAUCCACAGCAAUCAACUGCUACUCCUCCGCCGCCGCCCUCACUCCCGUACACUCCUGGGCAGUGCAAUGUGCAUAUCUGGGAAGCCCUUGGGCAGGAAAUAAGCGAUCCCCAGGUCAUCAUCAACGUCAUAAUCACAGAUGCGGACGGCAACAGUAUUGGUAAUAACUCCGGCUCCUUGGACUGGGGUCAAACCCUGGAGACCAACAGUGAGCUCCCAUGGACCCUGCAGGUGACUCCGCAAAAGAAAUAUAGCAGCCGGAGGCGCUUGUUUGGGACAUUUCUUAGAAAGAGAGUGGGUGGACCUAUCCCGAUGAGGCCGAUAUACAAGCAUGGUCCAGUUGAUUUCGCGUACGCCUCGCAAAAGUGGGACACCAGUUCAUCCCAAUGCUCUGUUGGAGACUGGGAUGAUGGCAAUGCCAAUGACAUCUUUGGAACCCUAAUAUUUGGGGAUAAAUUUCUCCCCAAUCGCCAGAUGGAUUGCAAAUUUGAGUGCUCGGCAUUGGCUGCCAGUAGUGGAAAACGGGACAUGCACGGCGAUGACGACAAAAUAGGCCGAGAAGAUGUGAAAAGUAAUCCUUCACCGACGACUGCCAAUUAUAAUCCGACUCCGAUUGACGAGCAUCUCUUUAAGAUGCAAGGAGCAUUGAGCCGUCGCAUCAAUCACGGUGCAGCCUGGGUCAAGUAUGCGCCGAGCGGAGCCCGAUAUUACAAAGCCUGGCAAGACAAGGCGGGUGAGGACACUGUCUACCAAUGCAACUUUGAUAAUGACUUCGAAUUACAUUCACCCGUAAAACGUGUACAACCAGUAAGGGGCAUUCGACCCGUACUGGAAGGUGCAGGAUACAGCAUCGGCCGGGAGUACUACGCCGUCUCGGCGUAUGGUCCUAAGGAUAACCCCAUUUCCGACUUCACUAACACCAUCAGCGCCAGCCAGGGCGUCUUUCUAGCCAACGCGAACAACCGUGGUGCCCUACCCUCGGACCCGGCCGACCCUCGCUACAUUAGCACAUUCCCGAAUGGCCGGGAUCCCAUCCCCUGGCAGUUCUCCUCGGUCGCCUGGGAAAUGUGGAAGAGAACUGUGCUAGCGGAGAAUCCAAACUGGGUGGCAGAUCCAUCACAAGCAGAUUAUUCCGGUAUUAAGUCUUUCUGGCGUCGUGAGAUUGACAAUUCCGACACUGUAUCUAUCCUAACUGAGGCCUUUGCUGGCAAGGAUAUUACCUCCAUCCAGACAUGGUACCCCACUGAUUCUAACCAGGACUCAAAUCCUUUCUGGGCACUACUAGGGAGCCCGAAUGGAAAUGGAAUACAACACUUCUUAACGGACAACAAGGUAGCCCUCAAAGGAAAGGGGAUUAUUAGUAUUAGUGCGACGACAAUAGGGGAUGACUUUGGGCGUUCAUUUACUAUGUGGGCUACCUUUGGAUAA